ACGAGAAUCGCUACCCGCGCAUUCACAAUUGAAACGUCACGUGGUAAUCGGGAGUUAAAGAUUUUUGUGCAAAAAAUUAUUUUUUUGUGAAACCCCAAUAUUUAGACCUAAAAAAAAUUAAAUCAAAAACGAUGAAUUUCUUGGGAACAUUCGUUAUUCUUCUCCAAACAAUAUUAACAGCUUUAUCCGUGAGGGAUUCUCAAAGCGACUCAAUCGCUGAUAUAAUAAACACUAAAGAAGUUGAAAAAUUAAUAGCAGAGCGACAAGAAAAUGAAGCAAAAAGCGAACGGAGAUAUUUAUUAGAAAAUGAAUUAGACGAAAACCCUCCAGAUCCAGAAUACGAGUACCAAAGGUUUGUAAAUGCAGAUCCGGAUCCACCUCGUACUGAAAAUCCUCGCAUAGAAAUCGAUUUAUUAAUGAGAAGAAGUAACACGAGUGAUCCAUUUAAAGGAACAGAUUUGCUAAAUGAUCUUCGUGGUUACAACGGAAGAAAUAUAUUAAAAAGUAGUAAAAACGCUUUAUACAUUACAAAAAAAGAAUACCUACAAAAAGAUUGGUGUAAAACGGAGCCGUUGGUGCAAAAAGUGAAAGAAGAGGGUUGCAUCACGCGGACGGUUAUAAAUCGCUUUUGUUACGGACAGUGCAACUCGUUUUAUAUUCCGAAGAACCCCAAAAAGAAGAAUCGAAAAAGGACCGAAGAAAACGAAGAGGAAGACGAGAACGGACCAGCUUUUAAGUCUUGCAGUUUUUGUAAACCGAAAAAAUUCACUUGGGUGAGUGUUACGUUGAAAUGUCCAGGAUUAAGUCCUCCUUAUAAAAGAAAAAGGAUACAAAGAAUAAAACAAUGUAGAUGCGGAACGAUCGAUGCUUAAAAUUAAUUUUUAUUUUCAAAUUAAUUUAUAUUUUAAAAUAAUUGUUUUAAAAGGCAUUUUUAGACAUAUCUAUUUAUUUUGUACCUGUGAUCGUAUCUUUCGAAAGUAGUAAUUACCAAAUCAAGGUAAAGAAAACAAAGUGUUAAAUAGUCAACUGUUAAAUCAGGUCGUAUGGUAAUCAUCUCGUUUAUAUUGCUUAAUUGAGACAUCAUGCAUAUUCAAACGAGUGGAAUCAUAAAACAUCGACGAUAAUAAAGCUGUCUACCGAUCCAAUUGAACGAACCGAUAGUAGAUAUACAUCAAGUGAUCUCAACGUUGUUUUUCUCACGUUUCUAAUAAGUUAGAAAUUUAUUCUGGUGGCAUAUCACUGUAAUGUCCGCGAUGUUUAUCCCGUCGUCUUGGAAUUACGAAUAGUAGGUACGCACGGCGUCGAAUAAGUCUACUUGAAUCGAUGCCAAACGCGAACGAAACCAAAAAAUAAAAAUACAAAACAAAAAUCGCCUCAUUAUGUAGAUUUCAAAUGUAAAUGUGGACUUGAAGAAAACGUCACCAUCGGGGCGUCGUUCGUCCCACUCUCAUCCUGUGGAUACGGCGACGUUGUGGCGUAAUUUACGCCAAUUACACCGCUUUUGCCCACAGACAGAAAAUUACGUUCUCAUAGAUUUAAAGAUAUUGACACCCGGAAGUCGGAAGAAUCUUUUUCCUUAUAAACCCGGUAACUUCUCAAACGAUAUUAUAUUUUAUCAUUUACGUCGGAUUUUAGGGAAAUCUUUUUAGUUACGAACACUUUGCAUUUUAAUCUUGGGAGGUAAUAAUUUCCUAGUUUCCAUAAUUUAAUACUCAUAUAUUAAAUGAAAUAGAUUUGAAACAGUUUACAUCCUUAAUACACAGUUACUAAUCUUACCCAUUAAUUAUUAAUGUUUGUAACUUGUCUAAUUAAUUAAUUCUAACAAAAAAGUUUUGUAGAAUUUUUUCAAAA